CGAACAUCGCACCACCUUGGUGGUUACUGUGUAUUGAAGCAUCUGGCCAAUACACGUCUCUCUUCGGUCUCUCUUCACGUAAGACUUCUAGUUAUAAGUGUAGGAAUUUUGUAUAUUGCAUAAGAAGUCUUCAUCAAAAGCUGUAUCUGAGCCCAAAAGGAAGGCCUGUCUGCCUGCCAGCCUUCCUGCCUAUAGCCGUGCCUUAUCGAAGGGCCCAUCAUCACCAGACAUGUGCAGUGAGCUGUACACGUAAGAUAGCGUGCUGCUGCCUUGCCUUCUUUACCUUCCUUCAUGGCUUCAACCCCAAAGGCCUGACGCGCGAGCUUUACGUCCUAGCAUAUGAAUAAACUCAGAGAGACAUCGCCGACACAAAUCCCGACCUUUUUGUGACCAAGUCCGUGAGGCCAGGCCUGUAACCAACCUCCAACCCACAUGCAGCACUUCUCUUUCAUGCCAGGGAAGCUCAGUAUCCUUCAGCAACAAUGGCAAACCUGGCACAGGUUUUUAAUCAGAUAACGCGUGAAGAUGGGUCUCUAGAUGUGCUGAGAAGAAGAUCAGAGUUAGAAGGCUUGCUUCGUGCCUUGCUGCCGGACGAAGUACGCCUCGCAAAGAGUAUCCUGUCGGCCACGACCUUCGUUUCUGAUAUAAUCCCGCGUUUCCCCAUUGAGAUUCUACUUCUUAUUUUGAACCAGAUUGAGGAUCUUGUCGACUUUAAAAACAUGCGAAUGGUGUCGAAGACAUGGCUAAAAUUAUGGACACUCGAGCCUAUCUGUGACAAAAUGAUGAAGAGACAUUUCCGCAUGUUUUUCAAUGGACCCUAUCAACAGCUUUCACACGAUGAGAAGUGCUCGGCCUCAGUCACUCUCACGGAGCAGCUUCGGGCCAGGAAAAUUGGCCAAUACCAUGCAAUGAAGAUCUACAAAUACUCAGAUCUCGCCAGCUCCGACGAGGAAGCCACAACAAGCAUUAGGAACCGUCAAUAUAGGAAUGGCAGAGUUGCUUGGGCCGAUGGCCCGGCUGUUAACGUAUACUCCUUGCGAACUGGAACCAUAAAGGCGUAUAUCACUCCCGCGCGGGCAGAUAUCCACAGGUGGAUCAUGUCUGAUGAUAUCUUGAUCAUCAUGGAAAACGGCAGCCCCCCAAAGCUACAUGCCUAUUUUCUCUCCAGAACACACGAUGAUAGCCCCCGUUGUGUGACAUUACCUAGCCCAAUCUGGCAAAUAGCAGCUCAGUGCCACCCUGACCGUGUUGGCAUUGUUACAGAUAGCGACGAGAUCUUUCUUUGGGAUAUUUCCAGCAACCGCGUGAAGCAAGUAGACUAUACAGUCACUCCAAUACCGAAAUACAGAGGUCGGCCUGUAGUAAAGAUCCUCAUACCGCCAGGUGCCCAGGACACGCUCUACGUCUGCACAAUGGCCAAGAUUAAAAAGGGGCAGGGUGAAGACAAUCAUUCUGUUAUUAAAAUGGUGAUGCAGAAAUAUUCCGACGGUAAACUAGUUAAGACCGUACCCAUAUCGUAUCCCCAACAAGGGUUGGAGCGUGCUCCUUACGCCUUGCACGUCUCCAUCCGAGAAAUCGACGACGACGGCACUUACAAUAUUUGCCAGCUUCCGCUCGAUUUUCCGUCAACCUGGACGGAUCUUGGGUGUGACCAUCGGUGGCACAAAGAGAAGCGGCCAGGGGACAACCAGAGACAGCUUAUCAUGCAGAUUGCAUAUAACAUCUGUGAUGACAAGUUUUCUACGAAGUUUUAUCACCUACCUAGCGGGCAGAAGCACUUCGAUGACGUUAACUUUACUACCCCAAAUAGCACCAUCGGCAACGACCGCGUAGCUACUCGCUAUCACUUUUGGGCGUCUAAUCUCUAUUUACCACUUAUCGGAAUAAAGAAUUCUACCGCGUUAUCUCAAGAUUCUCCGUCAAGAAUCCCUAUCCAACACGCUCUUCUCGUGGCCAUCAAAUCUUGCGACCAGAUACGAGGAACUCCACCAGACAUCAACUUCUUUGGAGGUUAUGGACCUAAGAGUUCUCGAAAGAAGCUUUGGACGUCGAAAGGGAGGUAUUCGAACUUCGACCUUGGGGUUUCACAUUGCCUCGUCGGUCCUAUUGAACUCGCUCAGAAGCCAAUGAUACCGGACAGACUAAGAGUCAUGCCUGAUGACCGAUCUAAGGAGGUGACUGGAGAUGGAUCAUUUCUUAUACUCUUCGGUGACUACGAUUUCGUCGUGUGGACCUUCAACAAAACCCAAGAAUCCGGAUAUAAACUAUUGCCCACUAUAAAAGCAGCUAUACAGAGUAAUAGAGCGCAAUACACACAAAGUAAAACAGGAGAUGGGGAUGAAAAACUACUCGCAGAUUGCUAGAGUUUGCCCCUAACCUUUUUCUCACACUGCUGGACCGCACGAUUGUGCUGGCGGUAUGCGAUGACGUCUCGGAUGAAACUGGUGUUUCUAUGAAUGCAGGCCGGAUUUUCUUGCAGGUAACGUGUCGAAGACUUGAAGGUUUAUCCUAUCAGGGUCAUACUAUCGUGCUAGGUGGAGCUUUGUGUGGUAUAUGGUGCAAUACCAUGGAAAGGGGGUUAGUAUUCAAGCGCCGAUAUGAGGUUAUGAAUUUAUGGGAUUACUUGUGGGCUUAAAACAAGGAAACAAUAUGAAUUUUAUGUUUAGGAUGCAACCGUUUGAGCCAAGUGAAGGACAUACGGAGA